AAGUGAAAUAUUGAGACGUGCGUUCCUUCCUUCCGUGACCUAAUUAAAUCAAUCAAAUCCCCUUUUCAUUCCACUGAAACAAAAUCCCCUUCAUCAACAAAUGAAACCCAAAACAAACAACGAAUGUCCAAAAUUCUGACUCCGUAAACCUCUAAACGACACCGUUCCGCUUUCAAAACGACGGUGUUUUCCUCCUUGUCUUCAUCGUCACAAUCAUCGUCGUCUUCAUUCCGCAUAGAUGGAACAAGCAGUUUUGGAUGACAUAAUCAAUCGACUCCUUGAAGUUCGUAGCCGUCCGGGGAAGCAGGUUCAGCUGUCGGAGACGGAGAUCCGUCAGCUAUGUUCUACUGCUAGAGAGAUUUUCUUGCAGCAACCUAAUUUAUUGGAGCUUGAAGCACCUAUUAAGAUUUGUGGCGACAUACAUGGUCAAUAUUCUGAUCUUCUAAGGCUUUUUGAGUAUGGUGGAUUACCUCCUCAGGCCAACUACUUGUUUUUGGGUGAUUAUGUGGAUCGAGGGAAGCAAAGUUUAGAAACAAUAUGCCUUCUCUUGGCAUAUAAAAUAAAGUACCCUGAGAAUUUUUUUCUUUUGCGGGGAAACCAUGAAUGUGCUUCUAUUAACCGUAUAUAUGGAUUUUAUGAUGAGUGUAAAAGAAGGUUCAAUGUAAGGAUAUGGAAGGUGUUUACUGAUUGCUUCAAUUGCCUACCUGUGGCAGCCCUCAUUGAUGAAAAGAUUUUGUGCAUGCAUGGCGGACUUUCUCCCGACUUACAUAAUUUGGAUCAGAUUAGAAACCUACAGCGGCCGACUGAUGUGCCUGAUACAGGUUUGCUUUGCGAUCUCCUCUGGUCAGACCCUAGCAAAGAAGUUCAAGGUUGGGGAAUGAAUGACAGGGGAGUGUCAUAUACAUUUGGUGCUGAUAAGGUCUCAGAGUUUCUUCAGAAGCAUGAUUUGGAUCUUAUUUGCCGUGCUCAUCAGGUGGUGGAGGAUGGAUAUGAGUUCUUUGCUAACCGGCAGCUUGUAACAAUAUUUUCGGCGCCUAAUUACUGUGGGGAGUUUGACAACGCUGGUGCUAUGAUGAGUGUUGAUGAGACACUAAUGUGCUCUUUCCAAAUAUUAAAGCCAGCUGAUAAAAAAACAAAGCUCAAUUUUGGAAGUACGACCACUACUAAACCAGGAAACUCUCCAGCAGGUGUAAAGUCGUGCAAGAAAGCAUUUGGGGCAUUGAAUUUAGCAAUGGAACAAGCUACAUACAUGGAGGUUUUCUACUGAGAACUCUGAAGCAGCCAAAGCCAUUGGAUGAAUCAAUUGUUUCAAAUGCUCACAACAUAUAUACAGAUACUGUUGCAUUCAUUUUUUCUUUCAGUAUGAAGAGUUUGUGCUAAACAGCAGAGCUCUUACGCAAUUUCAUUACCAAUCUCACUUAAUCUAGUCCUUCCUUGGUACGAAAGUAUGAAGUUGAUUUUGGCGAAAAUGGUUGCUGUCACAACUGGUCAGCUAAGGAAAGUUGAGUUCCAUAUGUUAUUUUGGAAUUGUAAAAACAAAGGGAAACACCAUCAUGAACUAUGUAGACCAUUGUUUUUCACUGUUACAAAUUUGUAUUUUGAGAUUUGACAUCCCAUGAUCUCUUCCUUGCUUUCUUUGUACACUAAUACCUGGUAUAUGUUCUGAGUUUUAAGCCUCUCAAGCAUUCGUAGACAUAUAUGCAUCUGUUGCUGAAACUAAAUGAAAAUGCUCAUACGAUUGGUAUAUGGAUGGAAGUUGAAAAUAAAGGAUGAGAUUAAUUGUUAUCCA